AUGAGCUUCGCGCACGAGACUGCCGGGAUGGAAAAGAAUCACCACGACGUCCCAUCCACGCAUUACUCCCUGACAGAUCAUGUCAAAGCAAGUCAGCUCAGUACCGAUGGCGAGGAUGUCGCCAUCGUCAUCUCUGAUCAGAACCAACUCAAGCGUGACUUGAAGGGUCGUCACAUGCAGAUGAUUGCCAUUGGCGGUGCCAUUGGCUCCGGUCUGUUCAUUGGUUCUGCCAGUUCCUUCACCACUGGUGGACCUGCCUCUGUCAUCAUCGGAUUUACCGUCAUCGGCAUUAUGAUUUACUUCAUGAUGCAGGCAUUGGCCGAGCUUGCAGUCAUGUACCCAAUCAACGGAGCCUUCACCAUGUACAUCUGUCGAUUUGUCGAUCCAUCCUGGGGCUUUGCCUGUGGGUGGCAGUACGCUAUCAGCUGGCUCACUGUCCUGCCUUUCGAGAUCUCUGCUGCUUGCAACAUCAUCCACUUUUGGCCAGGAUCGGAGGGCAUCAGCAAUGCCGCAUGGAUUACACCACUUCUCGUGGCUUUAAUUGGAAUCCAAUUUUUUGGUGUCAAGGGUUAUGGCGAGGUCGAAUACGUGCUAUCCAUCAUAAAGAUCUUGGCUUGCGUAGGUUUCAUGAUUCUAGGCAUCAUUAUUGACACUGGAGGUGUGCCAAGCGACAAAAGAGGUUACAUCGGCAGCAAAUACUACAAUAUCCCUGGCGUGACCUCCGCAGGGUUCAUGAACGGCUUCCAUGGCUUCUGCGGCGUUUUCGUCAAUGCGGCAUUCGCAUACACUGGCACCGAGCUUACUGGCUUAGCGGCAGCUGAGACGGAUAACCCAAGGAAGGAGAUCCCAAAGGCCGCGAAGCAAGUCAUCUAUCGUAUCAUGAUCUUCUACGUCGUGAACCUUGCUCUGGUCGGUCUUAUUGUACCCGCGGACAACGUAGCACUGAACGGCAGUGCUGGCUCCAGCUCGCUUCAUUCACCUUUCGUAAUCGCUAUCCAGCUCGCUGGAAUCAAGGCCCUCCCGUCAAUCUUCAAUGCCGUCAUUCUCAUUGCAGUCAUGAGCGUCGCCAAUGCUUGCACCUUUGGCUCCACACGCACGAUGCAGGCUCUUGCGGCGAACGGCAUGGGUCCGAAAUUCACCGCCUAUAUCGAUAAGAAGGGUCGUCCAGUCGUUGUGGUGGUUAUACAACUUCUGUUCGGACUGCUGGCAUACAUUAAUCUUGCUCCCAGCGGCGGAGAUAUCUUCACCUGGUUGCUGUCUUUGUCUGGCAUCACUGUACUGUUUGUCUUCGGCAGUAUUGCUCUCGCCCACAUUCGUUUCCGCAGGGCUUGGGCAUCGAAAGGCCACACUGUUGAUGAGAUCCCAUACAGAGCCUCAUUCGGCGUUUGGGGCUCUUGGAUAUGCUUCGCUAUCUGCGCCAUUGCGCUCAUCGCCCAAUUCUACGUCGCACUUUACCCUGUCGGUGGAACACCUCUCAGCGCCGAAAACUUUUUCGAAACCUACAUGGCCGCACCCUUCCUUGUUGUCUUGUACUUCAUUUGGAAGGUCUACAGCUGGUUCAAGUUCCCUUCGCACCGUCCAUUGUGGAUUGCAACCAAGGACAUCGACAUCUAUACUGGCAUGAGGCAGGAACAGAGGGACCUGAUCAGCGGCGAAGGUGUGACGGAAGACCAGAGACGCGCGAGCAUCCAGGAGAUGCACGGCGAGAAGCAGACGGGUGUCAAGGCCUAUAUCAUGAAGGCUGUUCAUACAGUAUUUUAG